CCACCGGCCUCUGAUGUAAACAGGAAAAGUCCUACACAGUUUAGCCAAGUUUUUCAGCUACAUAGCUAGCUGAUGGAGUCCCUAGCUAGAAGUAAACACAAGUGACCUUAAAUAAUCUAAUUUCUUUUCUACUGAUGUAAGAUGGACGACAUCAAUUUACACUACAGGUUCCUGAACUGGAGGCGUAGGAUCAGAGAAAUCAGGGAAGUGCGUGCUGUGCGUUAUCAGGAGCGCUACAAACGCAUGCUGAAGGAUGGAGACACUCUGAGUUACCAAGGGAACUCUGAUGAGGUUGGCUGCUAUGUGGCUUCACGGCCCUUGUCAAAGGGAAACUGCUACUUUGAGGUGACCAUAAUGGACACGGGAGUCAGGGGGACGAUUGCUGUGGGCUUGGUACCUCAGUACUACAAGCUUGACCAUCAGCCUGGCUGGCUACCUCACUCCAUAGCUUACCAUGCUGACGACGGGAAACUGUAUAACGGCAACCCAGUUGGCCAGCAGUUUGGCCCCAAGUGUAACCGUGGUGAUCGAAUAGGCUGUGGAAUCUAUGCAGACACUUUUGAUGCUGGACUAACAACUGUGUUUUUCACCAAGAACGGCAAAGAGGUCGGCUCUGUGGUGGUGCCAGUUGCUCCGGAUGGACUCUUCCCCGCUAUCGGGAUGCACUCUUUGGGGGAGGAGGUGCGGCUAGACCUUCAGGCUGAGUGGGGCAGAGAGGAAGAAGACAGUGUGAUGAUGGUUGACAGCCAUGAGGACGAGUGGGGCCGUCUCUAUGAUGUCAGAGUCAGCGGAACGCUGCUGGAGUAUGUAGGGAAGGGGAAAAGCAUCAUGGAUGUGGGGCUGGCUCAGGCUCGGCAGCCGCUCUGCACACGGAGCCACUAUUUUGAGGUGGAGAUUGUGGACCCUGGAGAGAAAUGCUACAUUGCCUUGGGCCUUGCUCGAAGAGACUACCCAAAGAACAGACACCCUGGCUGGAGCAGAGGCUCAGUAGCAUAUCAUGCAGAUGAUGGAAAGAUCUUCCAUGGAAGUGGAGUUGGAGAUCCGUUUGGGCCUCGCUGCUUUGAAGGGGAUAUCAUGGGCUGUGGGAUCAUGUUCCCGCGUGACUAUGAAGAUGAAGUUGAUGAUGGGGAAGCAGCGGAUGAACGCCCCAAGCCGGGCCGUGUACAGAACUUUCUGUACCUGUAUGAUGAGGACGAGGAGGAAGAGGGAGAUGACGCAGAUCAGGAGCAGGAAGGCAGGAAAGUUAUGGUUUUCUUCACCCGGAAUGGCAAGAUAAUUGGGAAGAGGGAAGUCAUGGUGCCAGCAGGGGGCUUCUACCCCACCAUUGGCAUGCUCAGCAGCGGGGAGAAGGUGAAAGUGGACCUGCAUCCUCUCAGUGGCUGACAAGACAGCAGGUGCAGCCAAUCUGGUGUCAGCACCUUAUGCCACGAGCCAGUCUGCAGGCUUUCAGUUGUCUGUCGCUUAAAGCAGAACCACAAGGUUAGAUUGGACAGAUUGAGAUUGAAUCAGAAUCUGCAAAUCGAUUUAAUGUUAUUUUUUUUCUUAUUCAUGGGUGAAAACAGACACUGUAGGAGGAGGUGAAUGCUUUUCAUAUCAAUUGCCAUGGCCCCAAAAACAGCGAAAGCAUGAUUUCCACUUAAACACAGACAACAGUUGCCUCUGAUAUCAUCUUUAGAUCUUUGUCUGAGUUCAGACAGAGGUCUAUGUUCUUUGUUCUUUGUUGACGGUUCUGUAUGAAACCAAACCAUAUUUGACUAACGAGAGAAUUAACAGAUUGUAUGAAGAUUUUUUUUCUGUAAAAUGCAUAGACCAUAUGUUACUAUAUAUUUUUAACGUGCUUGUACAUAAUGUAAAUUUAUAUGGGCUGCUGUACAAAAGAUGCCACAGAAAGUAACAAAGAAUCACUUCAGGAAAAUGUUGAAUGAAUGCAUGAAUGAAUGAAUGAAUGAAUGAAUGAAUGCAGGGGGUGAAUGGGCAGAGGUUGGCAUUUCGGUUUAAAAUAGCAUGCAUUCAAGGGGCAGUCACGUCCCUGAGCAUCGUCUUCACACUCCCAUUCACUGCCGCAAACUCCCCCUCCCCUCAGCCAAUCCUAAAGCUAGUGACAUUUCCGUCCUUUUUUUGUUCUUUAUUUCUGAAUGUCAGAGUUAAUCAUGUGCCACUUUGUUAUCUCUUCUGCCUGAAAUGAGGGCUAAGGUUGGAGGAAAUUGACGUUUUGCUUCCAGUGAUGCACAUUUUACUCGGCUGCUAUGAAGCAAAA